GCAUAGCAGGGAGAAACGAGGGCAUUAAGCCCGAUAGUUUGUAUGCUAGAGGAUUUUGGAAAGCAUUCUGUUGUGUGUUACUUUACAUAAAUACCUUAACUUGAAGUGGUGCUUUUCCAAAUAAUGUACAGCAGAAGCAGGAGAAACGAACGGCUGCCGAUCAUUUUAACUGUGGAUGUUUCAUGGGUGUUGACACAAAACUAGCAACCAUGGAUUACUAACUCGGAAUGGCUACCAGUUCCAGCGUCUUUACUUUGCACAGGUCUGUGUAAUGUAACUCGUCUCAGAAAACUGUCGGCUGAAACAAGCACAGACUGGCCAGUUUGGACGUCACGGAAAGAGAAUUGUAAUUCAAGCAUUUGAAGAGGUCAGAUUUUUGAGAGGACUCUUCAGUGUCUGAAGCGUGUGAGGCUAAUCUACUCUCCAUCGAUGUGAAGCGAAGUACAGCUGAAGAUAUCUCUUGGUUCAGGUGAUUACCUGCGCCAGUAUUACAGCUGCAUGAGACAGGAGUCCUUUGUGCCUAAUGAUGCACCCGCCUGUGUGCAUAUUUUAAAAACCCUCAAGCAUCCAGUGAUAAUUUAUUGCCAAAAGUGGACCUCACCAAUCAAAAUGACGACUUUCCGAAGGUUUUUAAGGAAGCGUUUAUUUCCCUGGAAACUGGUAGUAGUCGCCCUCAUUUUCAUUACUUUUGUGUUUCUCAUACAACGGGAAGUUGUUGGUCGAGAUCUGCAGGAAGAGCCGUGGCUCAAAGACAUUGUAGAUAAGAGGGAUGCUGUUUUAGGAAUGGUGAUGGGGGCAGUCAACAAUUUCAGGGAUGCAAUGCCAAAAAUGCAAAUUCAAGCACCUGUCCGACAGCAUGACACUGCUGACAGCAAGCCGUGUUUGAAUGGAUAUUACACAGCAGCAGAGCUGAAGCCUCACCUGGAGAGGCCAUCUCAAGACCCCACUGCUCCAGGGGCCUCCGGGAAAGCUUUUCCAACUGACAAACUGAGCCCAGAAGAACAGCAGCAAAAGGAGAAAGGGGAGGCCAAACAUUGCUUUAAUCUGUUUGCAAGUGAUAAGAUUUCACUUAGUAGAGACCUUGGACCCGACACGAGACCUCCAGAAUGCAUUGAACAGAAAGUCAAACGCUGUCCGCCUCUUCCAACUACGAGUAUAAUUAUCGUGUUCCACAAUGAAGCAUGGAGCACAUUGCUGAGAACAGUGUACAGCGUGCUGCAUACGUCUCCUGCCAUCUUUCUGAAAGAGAUCAUACUGGUGGAUGAUGCAAGUGUUGAUGAUUACUUGAAGGAGCAGUUGGAUGAUUAUGUAAAGCAACUCCACAUAGUUAAAGUAGUCCGGCAAAAGGAAAGAAAGGGACUUAUUACUGCCAGGCUACUGGGGGCAGCGGUGGCCACAGGGGAAGUCCUCACCUUCCUAGAUGCACAUUGUGAAUGUUUCCAUGGCUGGUUGGAGCCUCUUCUGGCGCGGGUAGCAGAGAACUACACUGUAGUGGUAAGCCCAGACAUUACAACAAUCGACCUCAAUACCUUUGAGUUUAUGAAACCGUCUCCCUAUGGGCAAAACCAUAACCGAGGCAACUUUGACUGGGGUUUAUCCUUUGGAUGGGAAAGCCUUCCUGACCACGAGAAAAAAAGAAGAAAAGAUGAAACGUACCCAAUCAAGACACCAACAUUUGCUGGGGGGCUUUUCUCAAUCUCCAAAGAGUAUUUUUAUUACAUUGGAAGUUACGAUGAAAAAAUGGAAAUUUGGGGAGGCGAGAAUAUUGAAAUGUCUUUUCGCGUGUGGCAGUGUGGUGGGCAGUUGGAGAUCAUUCCAUGCUCUGUGGUGGGUCAUGUUUUCCGCACCAAAAGCCCACAUACAUUCCCUAAAGGCACUCAGGUUAUUGUACGGAAUGAAGUUCGCCUAGCUGAAGUCUGGAUGGAUGAUUAUAAAGAAAUAUUCUACCGGAGAAACCAGCAAGCAGCCCAGAUGGCAAAAGAAGAAUCUUUUGGGGACAUAUCCCAAAGGUUGAAACUCAGACAAAAACUGAAGUGCAAAAACUUCUCGUGGUAUUUGAAGAACGUGUAUCCUGAAGGGUUUCUGCCGGAUUUGACCCCUGUUCGCUUUGGCGCUGUGAAAAAUAUGGGUAAGGAGUCCUGUCUAGAUGCUGGGGAGAACAAUGAAGGUGGCAAACAACUGAUACUAUACCCAUGCCAUGGGCUUGGAGGAAAUCAGUACUUUGAAUACUCUACACACCAUGAAAUUCGUCACAACAUCCAAAAGGAAUUGUGUUUGCAUACUACUGAGGAAGUUGUUACACUGGAAGAAUGUCAGUUCAAAGGUCAAAAUACACAUGUUGCAGUAGAAGAAAAGUGGGAGCUAAGAGAGGACCAUCUAAUUGUAAAUCCUGCAUCAAAUAUGUGCCUUACUGCAAAAGAAGAGAACCCAAGCCCGGAGCCCUGCAACCCUGCUGAUAGAUUCCAGCACUGGACCUUUACUUGAGGCUCAGCCCAGGCAUAUCUGUAGUUUCUUAUAGUUGGUAGAUGUUUCUAUGUUUUGAUUUGAGAUCACAACGUGAUGCAUUUGCACUUGGGAGAAAGAAAUGCAGUGUCUGUAUUCUAAAAACAGUUGGGUAUUUUGAUGUUUGUAUGGAACUUUGUUUUUUUACAAUGCUAAAUAUAAAGUACCAAAGAACUUUGUCAAAUGUCAAUAUUUGUCAUUUUGUAUUUGAUAAAUAUAAAUACAGUAGUAGAGGCUCUGGACUACACAAGGUAAUAACUAUGUACUGUUGUAUUCAGACAGUCAUAUUUUUUUUUUUUUACAUAAUUUUAAAUCAGUAACUUUAAACUACUGCAUUUAUCAUUCCUGUGUUUCCUCCAAAUAAUAAAAAAAAAAAUCAUGACAACUUCA